GCUCCGACGUGCUCGGCUGAUGAGCGAUGGAUGACAGCAGGACGUGCGUUUGCUCUCCUCCGUCCAAACUAGUGGAUUAUUAACGUUUGAUGUCUUUGCACACGGCGCCUUCUCUUCUUCCAGCCUCGUCGGCCACAUCGGCUCUUUUUUUCUUCUGCUCUGCUUACGUCUCUCUCUGUCUUUCUGCAUCCUCUGCUCCUUCCUCUUGCAGCCAUCAUUCUCUCCCUCUCCCCAGCUGCCUCCUCUUCUCUCUCUCUCUCUCACCCCCUCCUCCCUUUCUGCUCUCUCUUCCCGGCUGCCUACGUCAGCCGGCCCCUACCAGCUAGUAAACGCUGCUGCUGUAUCCUGCAGAGAGCCGUGUGUGUGUGUGUGUGUGUGUGAGCGCACGCAGAUGGGAAAGCGACCGAGUCAGAGAGGGCUGCCUCUCCUCUCUCCGCUGUCACCUCCAUCCUUCGCUUCCUCCGCCGCCAUGGAGCUCCAGCAGGCUGAAUCACCACAGCACCUGCACAAAGGGCCGAGGUAGAUGUGUGCGCGUGCGCGGUGCUCAGUCGGGCCAGGAUGGAGUGCUCGGGCCCCAGGAGGUGGGCGUCGGGCUCUGCUGUCGUGUUCCUUCACACUCUGGCCUUAUCCUGCACAGGCGCGGUUGAGCCCGCCGCCGAAAUUGACGGACAUCGCCGAGCCGCUGUGACUCUGCAGGAGAACACGACGCACUGGUUCAACUGCCAAUCAGACGGCUGGGACGCCCGCGCCCAUCCGUCGCUCACGUGGUACCUGAACGGGGAGCGGCAAAGAGAGCCGCCUCCUCCGCCGCCGCCGCCACACCGCGGCCGGCCGGCCUCGCCGCAGGGAGGUCCUGAGGCCUGGAGGCCGCCGCGGGCCAAUCACAACAGCACCUUCCCUCUGCGGGCCAGGAAGUGGGACAGGGAGCUGGUGUGCGUGGCAUCGGACCCCAGGACGGGGGAGAGCCGCAAUGCCACGGUCACGCUCAACGUCCAGUUUCAGCCGGAGAUCCUCAGGCUGAACGCCCACUACGGCGAGACCUCGGACCCCGGCCUCUCCUUGGUCCUCUUCGCCUUGGUGCGGUCCAACCCGCCCGCCACCAUCACCUUCGUGGACCAGUCCGGGCGGCUGGUGGCCAACACCUCCGAUCUGCUCGUCCUGGACUCGCGGCGGCACCCCUGGCUGACCAACCACACGCUGAAGGUCACGCUGGGGAACCUAUCGGGGAACAUCUCGCUGAACGUCAGCAACAGCGUGGGAACGGUGCAGAGCAACCUCACGCUGGCAGAGUUCCUGCAGUCCCGCGUGGAGGUGCCCAUGCUGGGGAUAGUGACCGGGGGAGCCAUGGCCUUCAUGGCCCUCCUCAUCCUCAGUCUGAUUGUUCUCUGCCUCAUGCAGAAAAACAAGAGCAAGUCCUUUGACGAGCCGGUGGAGAUUCUGAUGACCAAGAAAAGCGAAUCAGCCAACCUGAAGACAGAGAAAGUGGAUAAGACGUCCAUCCCCAGGGAGAACAUGUCCGUGCCUUCCAACAUGCAGCUCAACGACCUCAACACUCUGAGAAAAGCCCGAGAGGCCGCCCAGCAGGCCGCUGUGGGCGAGAAGAAGGACGAGGAGGAGGAGGAAGAUCUUUCUCUCGCCUACGCCGCCAGAGGUUUCGCCCGAUAUCCCAUGGUGGGCUACAUCUACAAGGUGAGCAGCACAAGCAGUGAGGAGAUCUGGCUCUGACUGACCGCAAAGUCUACACGCGCGCACACACACUCUACACGCAUGCAAAACGACUCCCGGGCCGUACGGCUGCACCCAGAGACAGACUGCCGGGUCAGCCAAUCACCUUCCAGCUGGACCGGGUUGACCUCUGACUGGGUCUCAACACACUGUUUCGCAAGGUCAUCCACCGACUUGAGGUUUGUUGUUUCGCGAUAAAAAAACCAAAGCGACGACGUCUUUGUCUGUGGAUGAAGUUCUGUGGCCGACGGCCCCUCGAAGCGCUCCGAUGCAAAGCGAACGUCAAGAUGUUCUGCGUGUUUGGACAUGAUUUUCCUCCUGUAACCACGGCCGGGGACGUCUCCCUCCCAGGUUCAUCCUUCUAUGCUCAUGUUUUACGCAUUAUAUCCAGAUAAGACGGUACAUAUUCACGGAGUACGCGCUUGUAUGUAACAAGUCAUGUACUGUAUAUUUGUAUGCAUACGUGUAUAAAAGAGAAGGCCUAAUAAAGGUAAUGUUGAAUGAA